UCAUCCUUUUCUCUAGCCGCAAAUACCAAGUCUCAACCUCUCUCUCCUGUCUUUUAGAUUAAAACAUUGGAACUAAGAUGAUAAAACGAAUUUCUUUAAGGUCACCAAAGUACAAAAAGGAAUCAUAAAAUCUUCAUCUCCUAUAUAAACAUCUCCACUCCUCAACGAUUUAUCUUUUAAUUAAAAACGUUCCGAAGGAACAAAGAUCACAAACAAAUGUCUUUUGGAUCGGUCCCUAUCUUGGCCGCGAUGGCCAUGCAACUCCUCCUUAUACCCACCUUUGUUUCGUCUCUUAACAUUACCAAUGAGUAUCUCCACCAUGCAUGCAACAACACCCAAGGGAAAUACAAGCGGGGGAGUGAGUUCGAGAAAAAUCUCAACAUUGUCAUCAAAAACAUAUCCACCUUUGAUCUGCGUAACGGUUACGCCCUCGACUCUAAUAUGAAGAGUCCCUAUCUUGAUAUACCUCCCAAUACUGCUUUUGUCAUGCUCCAAUGCCGUGGUGACUCCUACGGGCCCAAGUGUCACUCUUGCCUCGCCGAAGCCCUCUCUGGGCUUCGCAAGAAAUGUCCUGGAAACAAAGGAGCAACAAUAUGGUAUGACCAAUGUCUUUUGGAUAUUUCUACACACAGUUCCGUUAUAGAGGUCCUACCGAACAGAAUCCACUAUGAUAAUUAUUUAUGUAUAAGCAAUCCAAAAUCCGUGAGCGGCGAUAAGAAGGUAUUCGAAAAGAAGAAGCAGGUUUUCACCGAUAAGCUAUUAUCUGUAAUCAACAAGACUAGCAGCGAGGACGCCACGGGGCGGGGGCCACUGUACGACGGGGAGACGAUGAUUGGGACAAAGAAGUUUUAUGGAAUGCUGCAAUGUACGAACGAGUUAUUUGGGAGUGCUUGCUAUGUGUGUCUAGAGUGGCUUGUCUUGCAACAUCCAUUCUGCGCCUAUGAAAAACAAGGAGCUAGAUAUUUGUGUAGAAGCUGUAAUGCAAGGUUUGAGUUUUACCCUUUUCUUAGAAUUUAAGACUGUUUGAUGGGAGCUCUUAAUUUGCUUUAUGUUUGAUUAAGUGCUAUAUCAAGGAAUAAAAAUGGUUAACCUCUUUGUGGUUUAUUUUAUGUAACACAACAGUAUGUAUGGAGAGCUUCUAACUU